GGAAAUUAGUUGCAACAUUCCAAAUCGACCACGAUUCCGCUAGCACCUAGAAGCGCAAUAAAACGAGAGCACGGCUGAAUAUUAUUAGUGGGGCAAAAAGACACAAAUCCGAAACCCUCGCAUCGGCCUGUACCUAGCCGCCGUCGCCACAGAGCCCUCAUCUCGUCCGUCCUCGGCGGCCUCCGCGGAGCAGCCGUCGCUGGAGCCUGGAGACCAAAGAUCCGGCCAGAUCUGAUGUCAGGAGGGACUGGCUCAUCCGGGCGCGCGGCCCCGCGGUACGCCCCGGAUGACCCGACGCUGCCCAAGCCGUGGCGCGGCCUCGUCGACGGCACCACCGGCUACCUCUACUACUGGAACCCGGAGACGAACGUCACGCAGUACGAGCGGCCUGUGCCCCCCGAGAGCCAGCUCCUCCCGCCUCCGCCUCCGUUGCCACCCCCGCCUCCACGGAGCCGCGACCGCCGCGACAGGUCCAGAUCCCGAUCCCGCACCCCACCCCGGCGCGACCACAGGGACCGCGACCGUGACCGUGACAGGCGCCACGACGAGCACGCGUCCUCCAAGACGGCGUCUUCCCACCACCAUCCGGCUCCGGUAGCCGUCGCCGACGAUCCUUCCACCGAGGCAUACCGCCGCCGCCAUGAGAUCACCGUCACGGGGGAUAAUGUGCCGACUCCAAUAACUUCAUUUGAGGCUGGUGGCUUCCCGUCAGAAAUUCUGAAGGAGAUGCGAUAUCUGCUCUGAGGUGGAGCUAAUGUCGUAUGCUGCCUCACGUGCCCUCGGCCAAUCUAUAAGUGGGACUGGCUGAGGGCAGGUCUUGUUGAUGGAGCUGCCAAGGUGGGUGAGUUCCUGAGGCUGCUCGCUCCUUCCUCGAGGGGCUGCCCUUUGCGCGAAGGGGCACCCACUCGUGACACCCACGGUGGCCGAUUUGUUGCUCUGCGUCCGGUUCUUGGAAGGCUCCCCCCAUGGAUGAUGGGGCCUCUUCUGGGGCUUGACCCGUGGAGGUCUGGCCCAGGCUGUCAACGUCCAUCCAUAUAUAGGAUCGGGUGGCAGCUGCUGCAAGGGGCCUCGUGGAUCAACUAUCCAUGCCUGAGCGCCUCCACGGAUUCUGUUAGAGCCUUUUCUACUUCGCCUUGUGUCCGCAAGUCUACACAUUGUGGACACAUUUUAUUCAUACAACGUGCUGGAUUCGCAAGCCCAACACCUAUCCAAGCCCAGUCAUGGCCAAUUGCUAUGCAAAAUCAAGAUGUAGUAGCUAUUGCAAAGACUGGAUCAGGCAAAACUCUUGGGUAUCUACUUCCUGGGUUUAUGCAUAUCAAGCGCCUGCAGAACAGCACUAGGAAUGGCCCAACAGUGCUAGUUUUGGCCCCAACAAGGGAACUUGCAACACAGAUUCUGGAUGAAGCUGUGAAAUUUGGAAGAUCUUCAAGAAUUUCUUGCACGUGCUUAUAUGGUGGUGCUCCUAAAGGUCCUCAGUUGAGAGAUUUAGAUAGAGGGGUUGAUGUUGUUGUUGCAACACCUGGAAGGUUAAAUGACAUCUUGGAGAUGCGAAAGGUAAGUCUUAAGCAAGUGUCAUAUCUUGUUCUGGAUGAGGCUGAUCGCAUGCUGGACAUGGGCUUUGAGCCACAAAUACGGAAGAUAGUGAAAGAGAUACCUCACCGUCGGCAAACCCUUAUGUACACCGCUACAUGGCCCAAGGAAGUCCGAAGGAUUGCAGAUGAUCUUCUUGUUCAUCCUGUACAGGUGACAAUUGGAAGUGUUGAUUCACUUGUUGCUAAUAGUUCUAUUACUCAGCAUGUAGAGAUCAUAACACCCUCAGAAAAACAACGGCGCCUGGAGCAGAUAUUACGAUCCCAGGAUUCAGGUUCAAAGAUAUUAAUAUUUUGUACCACCAAGAGGAUGUGUGACCAACUUGCAAGGACACUCACCAGGCAGUUUGGAGCUUCGGCCAUUCAUGGUGACAAGUCCCAAAGUGAAAGGGAGAAGGUUCUGAAUCAGUUUCGAUCUGGGCGGUCUCCCAUUUUAGUGGCAACUGAUGUUGCUGCGCGAGGUUUGGACAUCAAAGAUAUCAGGGUAGUGAUCAACUAUGACUUCCCCACUGGUGUUGAAGACUACGUUCACAGGAUUGGCAGGACAGGAAGGGCUGGUGCCACUGGUGUUGCAUAUACAUUUUUUUGUGAUCAGGAUUCAAAAUAUGCUGCUGACCUAAUCAAAAUUCUGGAAGGGGCAAACCAACGAGUGCCCCGUGAUUUAGAGGAUAUGGCUUCUCGUGGCGGUGGACGAGGUAGGAAGAGGAACCAUUGGGCAUCCCGCCCUGACAGGGGUGGUUCACGUUCUGAACUGGAUUCAAGGUACAGCAGCAGAGAUGGACUAGCAUCUUCUGGGAAAUCAGAGAGUGGUCGCGGCAGUCGUGGAAGGGAUGAUAAUGGUAGCCGUGGCAGGUACGACCCUGGUGAAACCGAUGGGCGAUCUCGUAGGUCUACUAGAGGCCGCAGUAGAAGCCGUAGCAAAAGUGACAGUAGAAGCCGUAGCCCAAGUCCCAAGAAGUCACGUCGUCAUGAAGGUAGACGUAGCAGGACUAAGAGCAGGAGCAGGAGCAGGAGCCGUAGAAAUCAUGGCGCUAGCCACAGCAAGAGUCGCAGCCCUGUCGCUAGCCGUAGGUAUGAAAAGACUGCUUCAGGAUCUGCUCGGCCUAACUCGGGGCAUGCAGAGCACAAAAGCCCUCCAAGAUCUCACUCUAGGGAUGACCAUGUGAACCACUCUGACCACAAGGAUGACCACAAGGAUGACCACAUGGAAGAUGGGAAGAUGGAAAGGGUUGAUCUUGAUCGCUCGCCCAGCCCACACGAUGACAAGUCUGCUCCAUAUAGUCCUGUGUACAAUGGCAAAGCCAGUGGCUCAAUGAGCCCCAACGGUCAGCCAGAGGCAGGUGCCAAAUUUGUUGAACCUUCUGGGAAACCUGAGCCUGCAUCUCCAGUGCGCUGCAGCAAAGGCAGAGAUGAUGAUGAGGAAGGUAUCAUAGACGAGGAUGGAGAGAUUGGUGAGGAUGAUCCGCGUGCAAAUGCAGCUGUGCAGAAUGGUAAUAACUGACGGAGAGUGGCCUGCAUCUUCUGUGACAACCAAGACUUAUCUGUUAUGCAAAAUGCAGUCAUUCCCAUCUGCAAGUCCUGAAUACGGAAAUGCAUUUGUGUGCCAUUAAAUAUCUCGUAGAACAUGUGAUACUGAUGCCUCUGCCAUCGAUGAACCAAAACUGUUGAUGCAUGUCAUGUCAUGUUGUUAAACUUAAUGACAUUGUUGUGUUCUGGUGUUUUACAGCCAGUUCUGUAAGUGAUUUAUGAUAAAAUAUAUUGUCAGGUCUGGAAGUGGUAGUUUAUGAUAACUAGCAAAGUUAUGUU